AGAGGACGGGGAUUUCCUGGCACUGGACCUCGGUGGCACCAACUUUCGUGUGCUGAGGGUGAAGGUGUCGGACAAUGGGCUGCAGAAGGUGGAGAUGGAGAACCAGAUCUACGCCAUCCCCGAGGAGCUGAUGCGGGGCAGUGGGGUGCAGCUUUUCGACCACAUCGCCGAGUGUUUGGCCAACUUCCUGGACAAGCUGAACAUCAAGGACAAGAAACUCCCCCUUGGGUUCACCUUCUCCUUCCCCUGCCACCAGACCAAGCUGGAUGAGAGCAUCCUCGUGACGUGGACAAAGGGGUUCAAGUGCAGCAGCGUGGAGGGCAAGGACGUGGUGUCGAUGCUGCGCAAGUCCAUCAAGAAAAGAGGGGACUUUGACAUCGACAUCGUGGCCGUGGUGAACGACACUGUGGGGACCAUGAUGACCUGUGGCUAUGACGACCACAACUGUGAAGUUGGCCUGAUCGUUGGCACGGGCAGCAACGCCUGCUACAUGGAGGAGAUGAGGAACGUGGAGCUGGUGGAAGGGGACGAGGGCAGGAUGUGUGUCAAUAUGGAGUGGGGGGCCUUUGGAGACAGCGGGUGCUUGGAUGACAUACGGACGGAGUUCGACUUGGCGGUGGAUGAGCUGUCCCUCAACCCCGGGAAGCAGAGGUUUGAGAAGAUGAUCAGUGGGAUGUACCUGGGGGAGAUCGUCCGCAACAUCCUGAUGGACUUCACCAAGCGAGGGCUGCUCUUCCGGGGACGGAUCUCGGAGAGGCUGAAGACCAGAGGGAUCUUUGAGACCAAGUUCCUGUCCCAGAUAGAGAGCGAUUGCCUGGCCCUGCUGCAGGUGCGCUCCAUCCUGCAGCACCUGGGGCUGGAGUCCACGUGCGACGACAGCAUCAUCGUGAAGGAGGUGUGCACGGUGGUGGCGCGGCGGGCGGCGCAGCUCUGCGGGGCCGGCAUGGCCGCCGUGGUCGACAAGAUCCGCGAGAACCGCGGCCUCGACUUCCUCAAGGUCACGGUGGGCGUGGACGGGACGCUCUACAAGCUGCACCCACACUUCUCCACCGUCAUGCACCAGACAGUGAAGGAGCUGUCCCCCAAGUGCGAAGUGACCUUCCUGCAGUCGGAGGACGGCAGCGGCAAAGGCGCCGCGCUCAUCACGGCCGUGGCCUGUCGCAUCCGCGAGGCCGGCCAGCGGUAGAGGGGAGGAGCUUUGCCCACGAGCUUGGUUUCAGCAGAACAGGACGUUUCCUCCCCCCACCCCCCGGUCCCCCAUCCCUCCCUCCCUCGGUGCACACACUCACACCAGCCCCGUCCCCUCCAAGCAGACUCGUAGCUUUACUUGCUCUCCGAGGCGCCGCGGUGGGACCGGAGGCGCCGUGGGCUCUGUACAAAGUGUUGUCGUAGGAGUUUCCUUGCAUGCCAUAAAACCACCUGUCGAGUAAAGCUCA